ACAAAACGUACUGUACCAGCUAGCCCAUGACUCAAUUUCAGAUGUUUCCGAGCAGUGUGAGUGAGCUACAGCUGACCCCAGGACGUGCAACGUUACUGUACCGUCGUCGUCGGGGAAAAUAGUUGUCCCGUCCCUACAGUUUUCCUAAUCGGGUUUUUCUUUCGAUCGACUACAGUUCUAUGUGAGUCAAAGGAUGUUGACGACUGAUUGGUCGUCACACGGUUCAUUUGCCGCCUCUCCACUCGACCUGUCAGCACCCUUUCCGAAGCAGGAAGGAGCAGUUUUCAAGCGUCAAUGCCGCACUCGCACGGAACGCCUGCUCAACGGCACGACGCUCGAUUGCUCCGGGACACGCGGUGCGGCCUAAUCAUGGAUGUCUAGAUGAGAAGGUCUACAAAAUGGGGCCUUCCGCUAGGGCCUUGCACACACUCCUCUUCCAUAGCGCACUUUCCUAACACAACGAAACGGUGCCUUAGUAAAGAAUUGAACUCACUUUACGAGUAACAUGGGUCUAAAGACAACUGAACGACCACCAACGCCAGGCUUCCUUGAUUGCUCACCAAAGACUCUUGCUGAUGUGCUUGCCCCACCUCCUGUCCUGGAGGGUAUGGACCGAAGUGGCUUGCCUCGAUUUUCCACCCUGCAGAGGAGCUAUGGUGGUGGUGGCAACGCCGGAACGCGGACUGCGUCGGCGUUUCCAGGGGCGGCGGCGGCGCCCGACUCGAGGAGUCCUUCCGCGGACAAUGCCGGCAACUGCGGUCGCCGGUCUUGGGACGGCCGGCUUCGCGGGACCGGUGCUAGGGCCUCGCCCCGGCUCGCCUCCCCGACCGCCGAAAGACAUCUCGCCUCCCUGCUGCAGCAGCUGCGUCGGGAACGUUCACAUCACUUGAAUCACCUUCAGCAGUGCCAUAGGCUUGAGCUGUGGCAAGGUACAGAAAUCUGCAGCACUGACAAUAAGAGGCCUCUAUCACCAGGACUCCAGGUGCACAGUAACUAUGUGUCCAUCAGUCCAAGUGAAGACAUGUCCACUCAUCACACUGGCGCCUUCAGGCAUGACAACAGGAGUGUGCAUGGUUUCCCUACUGGGACAUUCUCUACAACAAUAAACAUGGCAGAUUCUUCACAUUUUCUUCACGGACAUUCACUGCCCCAAAGUCCAACAGGAGUUGGCAUUCCGCUGAGGAAUGGCAUGGGCUUGUCUUCAGAAGAGCACAUGGCAGGUCCUUUCUGCCAAGAAGAUUGGGCUGAUGACCAAGUUCUCUGGCGGAGCUUGCCAACCAGUGUGGGUGUGAGUGGUGCCGUUGACGGCUCUCAUGGCUUUCCUGAUGAGGACUACAUGGCAGGGCCAACAUUUGGCAUCGGGAUGAGUGCAAGCUACUAUGGGGGUCGGCGACCACACUCCCGUCAUCUAAGCUCGAAGGUGGAGAUGGUAUACUCUCUGCUGUCUAUGCUGGGAACACAUGACAAGGAUGACCUGAGUCGGACGUUGCUCACUAUGUCAGGUUCCCAGGAGAGCUGUCUAGCUAUGAGACAGUCCGGCUGCCUGCCUCUGCUCAUACAACUUCUGCAUGGCAGCAGCCAGCAGCAGGAAGGGGACUCGCAGGAGAGCCAGGCUGAACAGCGACGAGUUGUGCGAGAGCUUCGGCUGCGGGCCAGCCAGGCACUGCAUAACGUCGUUCACGCCCACCCCGAUGACCGUCAGAGCCGCCGCGAGGCUCGAGUUCUGCGUCUCCUGGAGCAGAUUCGAGACUUCUGUGACUACCUGCACGACCUUGAGGCAUGCAUCGCUGAGCCCAACCAGAAUGAAGCUGGUGACCAGCAUCCGGGAUCAGCUAUCGCAGCUCUCAUGAAGCUGUCCUUUGAUGAAGAACACAGGCAUGCCAUGUGCCAACUUGGAGGUCUGCAAGCAAUAGCAGAGCUGAUCCAGGUGGACCAGACAAGCCAUGGCAACACAGCUGAGCCAAGCUGUGUGACGUUGCGACGAUACGCCGGCAUGGCACUGACAAACCUGACCUUUGGUGAUGGCACAAACAAGGCCCUGCUCUGUUCCAUGAAGAGCUUCAUGCGUGCCCUAGUCUCACAGCUACACUCACCCAGUGAAGACCUGCGUCAGGUGACAGCCAGCGUGUUACGCAACCUGUCCUGGCGAGCCGACUCGACAAGCCGCGAGACCUUGAGGGAGGUGGGUGCUGUGCCCCUUCUCAUGGCAGCCUCAAUGGAGGCCCGCAAGGAGGCCACACUCAAGAGCAUCCUCUCGGCUCUCUGGAACCUGUCUGCACAUUGCACUGCCAACAAGGUGGACAUCUGCAAUGUAGAAGGGGCCCUGGCAUUCCUCGUGGGUACUCUAACUUACCGCAGCCCAUCCAAAACACUGGCCGUCGUCGAGAAUGGGGGGGGCAUACUUCGCAAUGUGUCCAGCUACGUUGCACUGCAGGAACAGCACCGACAAACGCUGCGUGCACACAGCUGCCUGCAGAUUCUCCUCAAGCAGCUCAAGUCUCCCAGCCUCACUGUUGUCAGCAAUGCAUGCGGCACACUCUGGAACUUGUCUGCGCACUGUGCCCAAGACCAGCGCACACUCUGGGAGAUGGGUGCUGUGUCAAUGCUGAGGAACCUCGUCCAUUCCAAGCACAAGAUGAUUGCCAUGGGUAGCUCCGCAGCUCUCAAGAACCUCCUUACAGCUGCCACGGAGCUGAAGCUGGCUGACUGCGAUGGCUGCAACAACAACAAAGAUGACAAUGACAAUGAGAGCCUGCCGUCACUGGCUGUUCGGAAACGCAAGGCUCUGGAGACCGAGCUUGACGCUAGCUUGUCAGAAACGUGCGACAACAUCGACAGUCCCCGCGCCAGCCCGACGGGGGAGCCACGCUUUGACUUUCACCAGCCGGACAUUUUGGAACGAUUCCACACUUAUCUUCCUGGGAGAAUGUAUCACAGCAUCGGAGGUGAGAGGGACGUUCCACGAUCAGACAGCCGUGAUAGCAUCGGAAGCACACAGUCGGAGCCAACACACCUUAGGCCUCCACAGUCGGUGUUCUCCAGGCAGCGGCGCAGGGGCAGGCAGCUUUUGGAGCGAUAUGGGAGGGGUGGGGAUUUUGGCAACUUGAAUCUAGCACUCGUGAAUCCAUACUUCCCUCAUCAUAGCUUAGAGGAAGAAGAUGCAGAAGCUUUGAACGGAAACGACUUGGAAGAGCCCCUAAAUCAGACUUUAGGUGAUCAGAAUAGCUUAGCAAAGGGUCCCUUGUGGCGAGAUCCCAGUGAGUGGACAAAGAAGAGGUUGGAUGACAGUCUUGAAGAAGAUGAUGAGGAGGAUGUUGAAGAUGGGGAUGAGGGUGACUUGGAAGUAGAUGCCUGCAAAGAGCACUCAGACUCGGUUGGCCUGAGGCACUUGCAUGGCAUGAAGCCUCUGGAAAGGAGUCGCCGGGAAGUCCAAGAGAUCCAGAGGAUCUUUGAAAGGGCACAGAGCCCGCAAACUUCACUGAGAGGCCUACAUGUCCAGUGUGCUAAUGACACAGUUAUUUUGACUGACCUGGGUAGCUUGGAAGACAUAUCAGACGUGGUUGUUUCAUCAGUGUCAAAGCAAGAACUUGAUGCCGAGGACAAAGAAGAGGAUGAGUGCCUGUCCGAUGAGGACCUUUUGUCUCCUCCUCUCCAAGAUGAUGAUGAAGACGAGGCAGCUGAGGCAGACCACAGUGAUGCUGCUCACACUGGUGCACCGCUUGGCCAGCAGACAAGUUUCACAAUCAGUGGCUCAAGCAAGGGCAGUGGGAUUCCCAUCAUGGCCAGCUUCUCCAGACCUCUCAGGAAGGAUGCAACAGUCACAACUUGGGCUUCACGGCCUUCAAGUAUCCCCCAGAGGUCCACAUUGGGCCAGCCUAGUGCUAUGAAUGAAGGAUCAGACCGACAUUCCAGGACCGGAGCACAAUCCUCAGACUUAAUGGACACCACGCCAGGCACCCCUGACGCACUGGAGCAGGCUUGUUCAGACUCGGGCACCAUGGCAGUCUUGCAUGCGCCAACUAGUAGGGAAGAAGGAGAACGCCCAGGUGUGGUGCCAUCAUCGCAGAUGUGUUGUCAGCAACAGCAGCAAUCUGUUGCACCUAUGGUUAACAGAAAGCCCGCUGGCCACUGCUGUAGCUUCGCCCACUCUACACCGGCACCGUCCCUGCACGAGUACAUUUAUGGCAAGAAGAAAGGCGGUCCCAAACCACCAGUGGCAGUGAAGCCACUGCAGUUGCAGCAACAGAGUAUGCCGUGUCCGGAGCAGUCGGAAUGUUCUCAAGCUGAUGGACCGGAACCAGAAAGUGGUUCCGGUCCAUCGACUACCAAGAUACCACAGUCAGGGAGACCUAGCCUUGUUGCAGCACCAAAGGUCUUUCGGACAAAUGCGAACCCUCCUGCACUGCCCCAGGCUUUCACAGGCACGACAGGAAACUCCCAGGAUGCAUCUGACAGUAUGUGUCAUUCUGAACCAGGACCGUCGACAUCAAGGACUUCAGCAGCAGACGAACCCGCCAUGUCCUUCAGGGAAAAAAUUGAGAGAUUCAACCAGGCUCCCAAAGAUCCCUCUUGCAUCCGCCAGAGGCAUUUUGGUUAUCAAAACAAGACGAGAAAGACUGAAUGCAACCUUGGUAUGGCAAGCUCUCUCACCCAGAACGACAGAAACAUUCCCGAAGAGAAAGGCAAGAAGGAUGAGAGAGCUCAGGAAAAGUUUCGGCUCGAACCUGCUAAAUCUGUAGAUAAUGACUCGGAGAUGCCAAGUGCUGCAGAAUCGAGGUCCACAAGCCUUCUGGCAUCAUCCAGUACGAGCUCAUCGACACUGAAGGCUCCUCCAUUGGCACAGCACAUUAAUCCUGGUGCAAACGGAAUGGUGGCUAGGCUUUUCGAUGAGGAAGUGCCAGCCAUAACACUAAACGCUGGUAACGCAGCCCUUGAGGCUCGGUCAGUGAGACCCGACGUUGAUGACGAAAUGAUGCAAAGUACGACGAGUUUGAUGUCUGAUCUUGAAGGCGCGAAGCCACCUUCUGUCAUGGGUGACCUACUAUCCAUGAGCAUGACGAGCAGUGGUCUUUCUGAAGACGUCUCAUCAAACGGCAAGAGUGGGAAGGCGCCAAAGCGCGGCCGUGUGCCAGAGACGGUGCGGCGCGCCCUGGGAGCAUCGAUGGAGUCACCUUUCAGCGACUGUGACCUCCUAGAUUAUGUUGGACCACCUUCCGCCAUGGGUUCGAUCGAGAACCUUAGCAUUCGCAGCAGAAGCGGUCAGUCCGACGAUCUGAACAACGUCAACCCGCCUUCCACGAUGGACGAUCUCUCAAUGAGUGGCAGCUGCAUGAGCCUGAACAGCAUACCCAGCGACGACGAAGCGAACAGUCAGUCCAGUCCACUCGUGCCUGAGCCCAGCCCACGAAGGAUGUCUAAGCGCGGCAGUGAUAUGUCAGAGCGACUCAACGCGGCAGCCAACAUGGCGCAGGUGUACUCCCGUGAGCUCAACUCACUCGUAAAUGGCAGCAUGAAAAGCAGCAGCGGCACUUCGGAAAUGCUUGAGCACGUGCAACCUCCCUCCGUCUACCAGGACAUGAACGAGGUGACGUUCGAGGACAUGACAGAAAUGGGCUCGGAUGGCUUUGCGUCUGACGUCGAAUUUGAUGGUGAGCUGAUGCAUGAUGACGACGUGCCCCUGACAUCGACAACUGAGACACUGCGACCUCCAGCUGUCUCCUUGUUGCAGAAGGAAGAGCAGUUUGGAGACAGCACAGAAAACUUGGCCAGCACAUCAGCAGACAUAGAACCCUUGGAAUCUGAUGAACACUUUUCGUCGCCGGCCCAUCAUAGUUCUUCCUUUAGUCGUGGCAGCCCAUCAAGAAGAACCGACUGCCCAAGUAUAGAUGUCGAUCGACCUUCAUUGCUUGGUAUGCCAGUGAAGCAAGCCAGGGAAAGAUUCUACGACGUCUUUUGCCAUAGAAAAGGCGACGACACCAUUGAUGACGAAACCUUCUCGCUGAUAUCGAAUGAUUCUGACCAGGAGAACGUAGAUGACGCCACCCAGCCAGAGUCGCAGGAGAAGGCAGAAUCCACAUCGAGGCCUCCCUCAUCCAGAGGGCCGCGAAUUGUGAAGCCAAUAAACAGGGAGACAAUACGGCAACUGCAGGACAAGAAAGAACAGGAGAGAGCCGGGUCGUCUCCACCGGUUGUGCGCAGGCGGGAAUCACUGCCUUCCAAGGUUGGUGCCAAACGUACGGGUUCGCCAAAGCAGUCCACGUCCUCAAACCCAUCCCCUAUCAAGCACACGAAAGCUUCGGCGCUCAGAGCUUCGCAAAAUCAGAGGUCUUCAUCCGAAGGAUCACGACAAGCGAAAAGCACAUCUCCACAGCGCUUUGUGCGUACCGCUCCCAGCUCACCGGGUAAAACAUUGAGUGAAAGGCCAGGACUUCGAGCGCCGAGAGUCCAGACCAGGACCACCACCACGAAUGCAACAAGUUCACAGGUUCACAGGCCUACUGGACGGCCAAAGAGCUUAGAACAAGACGUCAGGACAACAACGGCAACCGACUCCCCAGAGACUUCACAGGCACCUCCACCACUGGUUAGGCAGGGCACUUUUACCAAGGAGUCUCCCACCGAUGCCACGGCAUCAAUCACGGCAGGCCCAGAUCCGAAACCUUGCAAAUCUGCGGCACAGGAUGUGGUUUCUGCCGGUAGUGGCCGAUCAAGCACUCACAGCAGCCCUCAGCACUCCUCACGAAGACCAGCAAAGAGCGCUUCGACGCCGAGUGUUCCGGCAAACAGCAGCCGGUCAUCUUCGAGCGGUGGCGCGGUGCAGAAGAGGAGGACUAUCCCGCUGUCUCCGAGCUCGCAUAGCCUUGGCUGUGAUGAGAAAAAGGGGCCUUACGUGCGAAGUCUCAGCAGCGGGGGCUUUCUGGCUGCCAGUGCCCAGGUUCAGAAAUCUGGAAGUGCCGCCAGUCUGACUUCGCAGUCGAGCUCCGGCAGUGUUGCGUUGCCCCGUGGCAGGGCGCCGGCUCUGCCCAGGAAGGACACUGUUCCAGGCAAGCUCUCGUCUCUGUGGAAGCGCAAGGGCUCCUCUCCACCGGCUACCGCCGUGGCUGUGAAUUCUGCAAAGCCUAGCGUCAGAGCAGCGGCUAAAUCUGAAAGCUGCAAGACCACAGAACGAGGGGAGCCGAACAGUCCUUCUGUCACCAACAAACAGCAACAACAGCCCGUAAUCUGCAGGAGUUCUACUUACGAGAAGCUGACGGACGUUGGCGUUGAUGCGGACAGCGACCUGGAGUCUUCUUCGAAGGCUCGUUCGAAGACAGCGAACUCCGCUCAGCAACAGCAACAGAACCUCCACCGGUCCUCCGUGCCUCCGGCGCAGCCCGCAAAGGCCGUACGACCGACCAAUUUCUGGAAGAAGCUGGCCGAGCCGUCCUCGUCACCGGCUUCGUCAUCGCAGUCUUCCGUGAAGACAGUUACAAGCUUUGCCGCAACCACUAAGCGCGUGUUCGGUGCCAACCGGAAGAUCUCGGACGCCUCAUCGAGUCCCGUGGUCUCUCCUUCCUUGCUGCCUUCUGGUAAGGAGAGUUGCAGACCCACAGUCCUCGCCCUCAGGCUUAACAGCCCCAUAGCGGCAGCGUCCCCUUCACAGCAGCAACUGCAUCCACCCGUGCUUCGCAGUCCGAUGAACCAGCUAGGUGCCAUGGCUUCGUCACCCACUGCUGACUCCAAGGGCUCGUCGCCGGCGUCGGCCGUGGUGUCGCCGUUCAACUACAAGCCUGUCAGGACGCCCACUACACCCGGAGGCACGCGCUCCCUGAUCCCAGCUCCCGUCAAACUGGCUGGCACCCCCCGGUGUUCCGGUGAACAGGAGCUGCAGGUCAAGUAGGCGCUGUGCUGUCCUCAAGCAGAUCACGGACAGGUGUUGCAUCCAUGAAGCAUUGAGGGCUGAAGUGCGUGGUGUGGCGCUGUGGCUGAAAGCGUGCAUCAUAGGCGUUUGCUUGCUUACACAUGGACGGUGUACUUGUGGAGAAUGUUUAUUUGAAUCAUGUGGUCACAUGGGGAAACCCUUGAGAAGUGUUUGCUUGAGAACGACUUUGGCACGGAUGGCUUUGUUUAGGUGAUGCUUCGCCAGCUUUUCUCAGUGAUUUUGAAAGAGCUGGUAGAUAGGAUAAGUUCGUUUCUAUCAACUUUUUUUAGGAUACGAGUAAGAGCUGUGCCAACCCUUCUUUGCUCUUUCGCAAAUAGAUUCACCUUCCUGCGCUACGCUGUAAUUCUCAGAUUGCCACAGAAACCUAGAAAUGCCAAAAUUGAUUAUUAUAGUUCCUUACUUACUUUCAUAACUUUUAAAAUUAUAUUGUUUCAGUUGCUCAGUGUGGCGGGUGUUUUGUGUGCCAUGCACACUGCGGUCGUUAUAGUUGCUGUCUGCGUUGAUGAUAGCCUUUGCUAACAGAUCAUAUGUGCUUUUUUGUUGUACACCUGAGAUCAUUGCGUCAAAAGGAAUGGCACGUCAAACUCUCGCUGCUGAGUAUGUUGUGUUAGAAGAGAGAGAAACAAAAUUGUGAUAGAAAAGUUUCAUCGUUUUGCUGGUCAGUGACUAUCAGGCACCUUGAUGCAUUCUAUAAGAGAUGAACUCUGUACAGCAGAACGAAAAUAUGGUCAAUUUCGGUCAAGGUCAUGUUUCAACGACACAGAGGAGAGGGAACGAAAUAUACUUGGCCAUUCAACAUGGUCCAUAAUUUAAUUGUGUGGACUGGGACCAGAUGGUGAAACCGAAUGUGUAUUCGUUCCAUCCUUCCAGUUGACUAGUUGACAGUGUAGAACAGUUAGCUGAGCAGUCGCACGUCCGUCGAAUAUUCCAGAUCAACCGCCCGAUUAAACAAAUACAAACUGGUAUAGUACUGAAGGUGCAUGACAGUUCAUUGGGUCAGAAGACUGCCAAACUACACAUAACUCUCACAGACAGCCAUUCCAUUAAGCAAAUGUGUCUUCGCCGCAUGGCGGAUGACGAUUAAACUUUGCAGAUGGUUGCUAGGAGGCCAAAAUGCAUAUGUGCAAUUUGUUUAUGCCCCUGUCAAUGGCGGAGAAGAUUGGGAGACUUGUUGCUUCCGAAAACUGUUCUGCUCACCGUGCCGUGUUCAUGCACAUGCCACGGGUCGUGCAUCUUGGUUCAUUCUUGUCCUUCACUGGCGAUAUUGCCGAUUGCCUUCUUGACCAUCCGGAAGGAUCCACUAGAGUGGUCUUCACUGGUAUACAGUUUCAACAGAAAGUGUUGACGCCAGUACUCGCAUUACGACUGCGCCGUUAAAAAAAAGAAAAAAAAGAAACAUUUGCCCCGUAACACACGCACACAUCCAUAUAAUCAUAUGGGUUUGUUGGAUGUGGGGGUGCUUCUGUGUCGAAAUUAACCCGAGGCGCUCUGCUGUGGUGGCCAACAUAUAUCACCAGUACGGGUGGGAUCAAGUGCGUUUAUUAAUUUUUAGAGGACGAAGCUGUGAGUGGCUUGUGUUGAAUUUCUGUUGCUUCAAAGCUUUAGGUAUUGAGAAGAAAAACUCUUGUUUCGGAAGCCUUGCAACAACAGAAGUAUUACAGGAGCCCCGUCACAGGGCGUGGGGUUGUGCAAAAGCUUCAACAUUUUUCAGCAAUGGCUGCAUCGUGUCUGAACUUAUUAUGGUGAGCAGAACUGUUGCCAGGCAUUGCCUCGCUUCAAGCACACUGAUGUCAGUGGAUGGAUUCGACAUUAAUUAGCCAAGUGGUCUAGUGUAAACACGGCCCAACGAGUUAUUAACAGGGCAGCUGUAAGUGGCGAGUCGUCAUUUCGAAAGCUUCCAGCUAACGUUAUAACUAAUUACCGUCCCCCUGUUACCUUGAUACUGAGGUACAGCAGCGGAAACAACCGCAUUGGUGGUGCCAUCUUGUGAUGCUGUGUGCGACCAGAAUGUGUCAGAAACUUGUAGUACUUUUAUUUGCUAGAAAUGUUCAGAAAUGGCUUAGAUGGCUGCCGGAUUCUUAUAUGCCAGCAGGUCAGCACAAUACGGGCACAUAUUGCAGGAAGAGGUUUGCGCACUUUGGUUGGACAAAGCCUCACAAGAUGUCGUGAUUCCCAACGCCGUUUUGGUGUCAUGGUAAUUAAUUAGUGGUAACAUGUGCUUGUGCGAAGGACUGAUUUUAUACUCCUUCGCAGGGAGAAUGCACUACUAUCUCCUUGAUCCGGUACCAAAUUUAAACGCGCCUCAUUGUACGGCCACCGUUUAAUGUACUGUUGCAAAGCAGUAUAAAAAUGGGAAGUGGCUGUUGCCUGUUCAUUUUUACGGUAUCAUGUUUUCUUGGAGACGUCUGCUGCGGAUAUUACCGAGAUAAUUUCUAGGCAGAGGUAUUUAUUAAGGGUGUUGUAUGUGAAUCUGCCACUUCUGCAUUUCCUACAUCCUCAUUUUUGCAGUGUUUUUCAUGAGUAUGUUGCAUGUGUCUCGUCAUAGCAGCUAUGUAUGUGUAACAUCGUUACGUGAUCAUGAAUCGUGUAUUUAUGUAACGUUGCGAGGUUUUAUUCUCUCAAGCAGCUUAUGUAACAAUAUUUGUGGUCCCUGUGAGGUAACGGCAACACUUGGCGCUGACUUUCUGUUCAUACAAAGUGGGCACUUGAUGUUCUGCUAGGAUUUUAAACAAAACUUUUGCAAUCUAGUCAAAGCAUUUUGAGCUUCAGUGCAGCCACAUAAACUUGCGCAGUAGUUGGUAGCAAUGGACGCGUCGAUUUCAUUUAAUGUAUUUAGAGAUGUCUCUGUCUCACAUCUGCGCCAUUUCUUUUUCAUGCGUUGUGCGCUUGACCACUUUUUCAUGCUUGCAAUUAGAUUGUUGCCGCAGCUUUGUCUAACAGUGUUUUAUCCCGCAUAAGAGCUCCUUUCUGCUCAUAACUAUAUAGCGUGAAAUUUUAAUCGUCGGUAUACAACUUAUCUGCUGCCGUCACGUGCGCAAUAUUCAGUCCUUUAGUUUUAUACAGCUAUGGACAGGAAGUUUGAGCGUAGCGAAUGAUGUAACGAAUUGUACAGAUGCAGCUCCUAGUAUACCUUGAUGCCAAACUUUUGUAAGAUGAAUAGGCAGUGUUUUGCUAGGUUUUGCACAUAUUUGAGUCUUCUUAUCUGUUUCAUUGUCGUGACAUCCCUGCUUUUUUUUUUUUCCUGCUUUUAUUUGUUCAAGUGCUGCAGUUGCUGUAUGCUGUGUACACGCUAUUGCAGGGCUUUGUUGGUAAACACGACAGUUCGCUCACGAGCUGUACAUUUUCGCUUGUACAAGUGCUAACGCACUGUAGUUUGUACAUACUGUACAAAUAUACGGACCGUUUCGCUUUCAGUUAUAGAUACGAAUACUAAUCAUUCUUGCACGUACAUUGCAAUGUGUUCCUGCGUUAUAGUUUCCCCUUACUUCUGGCGUUAGACAUUUUUCUUGCGCACUGAAUAUUAUGUUCAGUGUAUCCCUCUUUCCAGAACGCCGCGUGCUCACGUUGCAACAAAGGGGUUUUGUUGCUAAAACGGCACAAUGCGCCAGUCAUAUUUGCACAUUACAUUGAGGAAGUGUGUGUGAGUGGAGUACAAAUGAAAGGUUAUGAAGUUAUCCAACCAUAAAAUAAAAGAAACCCCAGUCAUCAAAA